AUGACAGGCCUGCGCGACAAGGUGGCGGAGCAGGCGGCGGAGAUGGCAGCCCUCCGCCAGGCGCUUGCUGAGGCGCGGCGCGGAAGCACUGCUGCUGGCGCGACGCUGCGCGACGGUGGUGCUGACGUGCAGGCGCUUUGCGGAGGAGUUGUCGAGCAUAUGUUUGCGGGAUGUUCUUCUGUUGCGUUGGUUGAUGUUGAUGUGGAUGUCGGCGCUGCGUCCAUUGUUGAUCAGGUUGAUUUAACUGAUGAAAUGGAUAUGUGUGGUGAUGUCGAUGUGAUUUAUGAACAUCAGUUGCGGGGAUCUUUGGUGGUUCGUAAGCUAGUGGAUGGGUGCGGGUGUGAUGGGUGUGGUGGGGACCGGAUGGGAAUACUUGGAGAGGAUUUUGAGGAUGGUGGUGGUAGUGUGCGGGAGGCUGAGGUACUUCGCAGUGCAUUGACGGAGUGCAAAGAGAAGAUAGCUGCACUGCAGGUUGAGGUGAGGACGGCGAGAGAGGCUGUGGAGGAACUUCGGUGGUAUGAUGAGCGUCGCGACAACUGCGUUGAGGGAAAGCCGUUGUGCCAGACGCACGUCGAAUGUUUUUUAGAGGGCACGGAGUGGUCAUGGGUUGCGAGUCUUUGUGAAGAAGAGCUCAAGUGGAGGCUGCGCGUAGACUGCAGUCGGGCUUGCCAUGUCAACGUGGACUGCGUGCGACUCGUUGGCUACGUUCUGGGCAGUUUACGCGCCGAAUUCUGCGUGGAGCACAACACGGACGUGGAUGGAAGUGAGUUGAAGGACCGUGUCGCUGAGUAUCCGUUCCCAUCGGCCUGGGCUCUCUUCCGGCGCCUAGUGGGGGAGCAGAAGGCAUCGGAGCCAUUGCUCUCCGAAAUGCAUCACAGAGCAGCUCAGAAACUCUUCUCUGAGGAGGCACUGGGGCGCGUUGUCGCGCAGCUGGAGGAGGCGUAUGCCCGCCAGGCAUUCACCUCCGAGCGGUCAGAGCAAAAGUCGGAGCUGCUUCGUGCUGCUGCAUCAGCACUGGCAAAGGAAGUGGUAUCAUCGCGGUGGGAAUGCACUGACAGGUUGGAGCGGCUGGAGGAGCUUGCGGUGUUGUUGUUAGAGGCUCGCGAGAGCGAGCGUGAGUUGCGGGAUCGCCUGUUCGCGGCUGAGGAGAGCAUACACGAGCUGCACCGUCGACACGAUGACGAUCGUGAUGGCUUGGUGAGCGCCGAAGCAGAGAAACGCCGUUCCUUGGAUGCGUGUGUGGCCCGUGUUGCCUCCCAGGAUGAGACAAUACGUGUACAGGCCGAGCAGAUCGUGGGCUUGCAGGAGUUAGUGCAAGCGCUGUCUUCUGCGCUCUCCGAAAAGAACGCCGAUCUGAUCAGUGCUCACGCGCAAGCCGUCGCGUUGUCGAGAGAGGUCGACGAGAAGGCAGCGGCCUACACAGAUACCCUGGAGAAGCUGGAGAAGUGUGUGGAGACGCUAGAGUUGUCACGUACAAACGAACUUGUAUUGUCGCAGACCCUCUACGAAGCAGAGCAUCAGUGCACUCAGCUGCGGGGGACCAUCGAGAUUGACGCCGCAUCGCAUCAAGCUGAAUUAGUCAGCGCAACGGCAGAGCGGGAUCGCUUGAAGGAGGGGAUGGAGGUGCUUCGCGAGCUGCUGCCGCUCCUACUGGCGGCAGCAGAGGCCCACCGCCAAGAGGACAGCGGUGAUGCGGGGGCGGGGGUGGACGAGGGCACCAUUACGUCUGCGCUCGACGCAUCCUUCUCGCUAGAAGGUUAUGUUGCAGCUCAGGAGCUCCGUGAGGUGUUGCUGUGCCAUCUUAGCUGCGUGGAGCAGCUUCGUCGCGACAAGGAAGUUUUGGCCGACGAGCUCGUCGAGGCAGAGAAGGCGCGUGGCGACUAUGCGGGCUCCCUGGAGGAGGCACUGCAGUCGCUAAUGGAGGAGCGCGAGCUGCGAAUGCGGACAUACGAGUCGCAGCUGCAGUUCUCGGAGCAGAUGAUGCGGGAGCUGGCCAUGAUGCGGAAUGCUGAAGAGGAUGAGAUGGUCGAUGAGAAGGCAGACAUGGAGGUCAACAGUAGUUAUGAGCUGCCUAGCAUACGCAGCAGCAGCCCCGCAGCUUAA